UGCAUGAUUGUUUCUUGCAUGCCUGAUCAUCUCUUUCUUUAAUUUACUUCUAUACCCCCUGCAUCGCAAUGGACGAACAUCGCAGCUCUCUCGUUUCUCAAAAAUCCUCGGAUUCCGGACUCCACAUCCAGCUGCAUCCGCUGAUACUCCUCACUAUCUCCGACCACAUCACCCGUCAUGCGGCACGAGGACAGCAAGGCCCAAUCAUCGGAGCCCUGCUAGGACAGCAGAAUGGACGUGAGAUCACUCUAGAGCAUGCAUUCGAAUGUAUCGUGGUGGAGGGUCCGAACGGCGAAGCGCAGCUAUCGCAGGACUGGUUUGUCGAGCGAGUGAAGCAACUCAAGGAUGUCCACAAAGUCCCCGCCCUCGAUCUCGUCGGCUGGUGGUCAACAGCGCCGCCGUCCGGCCCCGACGAGUCCCAUCUCCCCAUCCAUCGCCAAAUCCUCCAAGACCACAACGAAUCCGCCGUGUUCCUCGCGUUUCAUCCAUCCCAAGUACAGGGGGCAUCCUCGAACGGUGCCAAACUACCCCUGACCAUCUACGAGAGCGUGUACGAGGGAGAGAAUGCCGCAGAAGGCGGCAAGGCCAUGCAGGUCGACGGCGAAGAGCAAUCACUGAGCAUCCGAUUCCGCGAACUGCCAUACUUCGUUGAGACUGGGGAGGCCGAGAUGAUCGGGAUUGACACCGUUGCCCGAAGUGCGCGGAAUGCUGCUCCUAUUGAAUCGAGCACCGGAGGCACCAGCGAGUCACAAAAGAAACAAUCCCGCAACAAGGAGCAGACAGACAUCAACGUGCUCUCCCAGGAGGAUGAAGAACUCAUCGCAAACCUGAACACCCGCAUCAACGCCAUCCGAGCCCUCGAGUCCCGAAUCUCCCUAAUCAAAUCCUACCUCUCCAGCAUCUCGACCUCCCAAGAACAAGGCGACAGCCAGGAAUCCCCUAAACCCGCCACCCUAUCGCACCCCAUCCUCCGCAACAUCAACUCCCUCAUCUCGCACCUCUCGCUCCUCAACCCGCAAGAACAAAGCGCCUUCUCCGCCGAAGUCCUCGCCCAGAGCAACGACGUCCACCUCGUCGCUCUCCUGGGCCAACUCAGCCAGAGCAUCAGCAGCAUGCGCGAACUCGGCAGAAAGGCCGCGAUCAUGAACAACGUCCGGCGGAAUAUGCUCUCGCGGAAGGCGCAACUCGGCGGGCCGGGCCGGUUCGAUGACGAGUUCUUCUCGCGGGAUGGUCUCGCGCAUGGCUAGUGGUUGGUGGGCAUUGUUGCAUCUUCGCCUGCCUAAAUACACAAAGAGAGAGAGAGAGAGAGAGAGAGAGAGAGAGAGAGAGAGGAGGCAGG